AUGGUUAGAAUAACUCCAGAACUUUUGAGAAAGAGGGCUGAGCACAAUGAGGGCGAGCUCUCAACUUUAGAAGAAGUUACUCUGCACCAGUAUGAUAUAGAGAAAAUUGAGAUUUUGGAUAAAUGCUGCAGGCAUUUGAAGAUUCUUUAUCUGCAAAACAACAUUAUUCCGAAGAUGGAAAAUUUAAACAAAUUAAAAGAAUUGGAGUAUUUGAAUUUGGCUGUAAACAAUGUCAAAGUUAUUGAAGGAAUUGAUAGGUGUGAAAGCUUGAAAAAGCUGGACUUGACGCUAAAUUUUAUUGAGAUUGAUGACUUGGAAGCAAGCUUAAGACACUUAGGACAAGUCAGCACAAUUGAGCAACUCUAUAUGACAGGAAAUCCCUGCACUGAUUGGCAAGGGUUUAGAGAACUCACAAUAUCACUUGUUCCACAAUUAAAUCAAUUAGACGGAAAAGAUAUAACACAUACUGAAAGACUGGCAGCCUUACAAGUUCUUAAUGAAAGACUGGAUGAGCUUAAAGAAGCUAUUGAAAUAAAGCACCAGAAUCCGGAGCUCUACAAAAGGCAUUACACAAUUGAGAGCAGAGUUGAGCAAGCAAAAGAAAACGAAAGGAUUCAAGAAGAAAAAGACAAAACACAGCAGGAAUCUGAUGAAAAGCAAUAUGGUAUUUCCUAGACAGGAAUCAAAAAUCUCCCUCCUCCUCCAGUUUACAAUCAAAACGGAGAAAUCCGUCAAUGCAACCAAGGAAAUUAUGAUUAUGAAUUCUAUGAAAAACAUGAUGGAGGUGUUCAAUAUAUUGUCCUCGAUAUAAAAGUCCCACGCUACCUUGAAACUUCCCAAAUAGGACUUGAUUUAAAUCCAAAUUAUGUACGAUUAGAUAUUAAAGGAAAAAUCACACAAUUAAGAUUCCCAUGCGAAAUUAAAGUAGAAGAAAGCAGAGCACUUAGAUCACAGACAAGUGGCAGCUUGCAAUUGGUAAUGCCAAAAACAAAAAAUGAUGCUGUUCCGUACUUUUUUUUGAAAGAAGAACUAGAGAAGAAAAAGAAGGAAGAAAAAAGAGAAAUUAGCAGAGGGGAAACUAGGAUUUUGAAAAAUGAAAAUAAGCAGACACAAGAAGAAGCAAAGCAGCCAAUUAGGAAACGGUUGGAGGAGCCUGAAGAGCCUUGGGAAGAUGAUCCUUCAGUGCCUGAUUUAGAAUAA